AUGCAAUUGACAGAGAAGCAUCGUCCUACGUCGCUGCAGGAGAUUGUUGGCAAUAGAGAGGUUGUGGAGGCGCUCACCUCGAUUUCAUCAACAGGGAUCAUUCCACACAUGCUGUUCUACGGCCCUCCAGGAACAGGAAAAACAACAGCGAUCCGGUCGAUUGCUAGCAAGCUGCCAAAGACAAGUGUGCUUGAGCUGAAUGCAAGCGACGAAAGAGGAAUAUCUACAGUCCGGGGAACAAUUAAGGAGUUUGCAUCGACCUACUCGAAAUCGAUCAAGCUUGUUAUUUUGGACGAGGCAGACAUGAUGAGCAGAGAUGCACAGAAUGCACUUAGAAGAAUAAUUGAGGACUUCAGUGCAAGCACAAGGUUUUGCCUAAUAGCGAACUACUCGAAGAGGAUCAUUCCGCCUAUUAUAUCGAGGUGCACCAAGUUCAGGUUUGGCCCUGUAAAUCAGGUACAGCAAAGGAUAAAAGAAAUAUGUAUGAAAGAAUGCAUCAAGUACACCGAAGAAGGAGUUGAUGAAAUAGCAAGGCUGUGCGGGGGAGAUAUGCGCAAGGCCGUCAAUGACAUCCAGGGUGUCUACUCGUCAUUCGGCGUGGUUGAUGAGCAAAGUGUUCAGCAAUUCAAUGGAACGGCACCGAAGAGCGUGUAUCAAAGAAUCCUUGACGGUCUCAUAGUCAUGAGCACAGCGAGCCUCAGAGAACUGCUAAGUAGUGUGAUAUUUGAGCAUGGACUGGACUGUGCCGAUCUGGUGUCCAAUCUGUGUGACAUUGUGAGUGCAAGCAACCUCAAAAACAAGAUGAAAAUACUAAAGGACUUGAGCGAUGUGGAGUACCGAGUAUCGAUUGGCUGUUCUGAAGACUUACAGAUAAAUGCAAUCAUUGGCACAUUCAUACUUAACAGAGACGAUUCCACAAUCUUAUAG